AUGGCACCUCUACACUUCCUCACCUCAGUCCUCCUUCUUCUCCAGGGCCUCACUACCGCCCUCCCAACCAGCAGCAGCAGCAAAGACCUCUCCCGCUCCCCCAGCUGCUCCCUCCGCUCCGCCCCGACCUCCUUCACCAUAAGUCGCUUCUCGACCUUCACGCCCUCGGGCGCCAACACUACGCCGGCUCAAAUCUCGUUUUUCUACUCUGACGACGUCGGCCUCCAGUCCGCCACCUGUCUGCUGAAGGGCAGCAUCGAGACGACCACCUUCGACGCCCCGGUUCUGUGCAGCAAUAAGAACAUCAGCUUCCUGUUCACGGAAAGCGUCCUCACUGUUUUUGAGACGUACGACGACGAUAGCGGCGUGCAGUGUGUGGAUGGGACCACCAAGGAGAAAGCCAACAGCAUCGACAAGGUUGAGAAGAAGAACGAACAACACCAGCAACAAUACCUAAAGGGUACCGUGUACGUAGGCACCUACUGCUAUCCCAGUCCCGCGGGGGUGCCGCUCGGCGUCGGCACGAGCUGUCAGACGCCGAGCGUGAGUUUGGGUGGGAGCUUAGCCCUAGCUCCUGCUUCUGCUUGA